AUGUACACGGAACGUGAUGAGAUGAUGGAGUUCCAAGUGGCGUGUAAGCAUAGCGGAGCUCAAGAAAGCAGAAAAGGCCGAGCCGGCGGUCGACAAGGCCUGACCGGCACUUCACCUGACGGACCCUCUUUGCUCGGUGAAUAUACAAAAGCCUCGGUUCGCGUUGAUCUCACUCCAAAACUCAACUUCCGUCGCAACUCUUGUACCGACAACCUUUUUGUUCUUAUCUGUUGGGAAGUUGGAAAACUGUCAAUAUUGCCGCCUACUUAAAAAAGAACAAUGCUACUGGCUUACUUAGAAAAUUCGCUUGAUGCGCUUAGAAAACCAUGACCUGCUGCUUUUUUGUGAAAAUAAAAUAACGAUUUUUUCAAUCUCCGUUUCAUAUAAAACUCUGGACAAAAAUUGAAUGGAGAAACCCAUUUUCUUCUAUUCUGCUUUUUCCAUAUUUUUUUCUGUAAUUAUAUAUUUGUUGGGACAACCAAAUGAUUAUCUCAACUUGACGGCUCCCUUUUUGAAAAAUCGGUGUUUGAGGGAAAGCAAGAUAAUAAAUUCUUUUCUAAUUUCCCUUCGCUAGCAAGGUUGAGGGGACUCGAAUGAAAAGGAAUCAAAGUGAAAAUUUUUGAUUUUGUUUAAAUCAGAAUAGCCGUUGAAAAAAAAAUAAUCAAAAGAGCGUAAGACGUUCUUUUUCGAAUACACAUUUAAAGAAAAAAAGUUUGUUUUUUUCAUUACUGCUUGAAACGUUUUCAAAAGAGGAGAUUAGCAUAAAUAAAAACAAAAAGGCUUCUAGGCUUAUAUUUAGAAUUCGGGAACUUAUAGACCUAAUCUUAUAUGCAUCAAACAGAAAAAAAGGGAUGUAAUCAUUAAGAUAUUUUCUGUUUGAAAAUCAAUCAAAGAACGUUAGCGACUAGCAAGUUUGGGAAAAAUGAAGAAAACAACCGAAAAGCGCAAGGAGCGGUACCAUAGAAAGAUCGUUUUCGUGUGCGUCGCAGCUUCGGUAACCGAUCCUUUAGGCACGCAAUUCGCUCCUCGGGUUCCUUUUCACGCCGCAUCUUUUUCACUCGGUGAUUAAUCUAUCAAAGAAGGAAGACAAACUCCAAUCUUGGCCAAACGACGCAAUCAGCUUCAUUUCGUAGAAAACGAGACCAGGAGUUUUAAAUCCAUAGCGACUUUUCAAUUUACAGUGCUCUCUGUUUCGAACUAACACUGCUUUCAAUGAUUCCAAAAAAGGGCUUUCAAAAAAGAGAGUACGUCUUCGAAAACUUCCUGAUAUGAUAUCAUCAUCAAUAUUUGAAAAAGGUAAAAGUAACUAAAAGAGAAGCUAGUGAAAAUUAGGAAACUUCUUUUAUUGCGGUUCCAGUUUUGAAAGUAUUGGUAUGUUUUCUUUGAGAUAUAAUUUAUGCCCUGGUCGCACGGAAAAUAGUUACUACGGUUGUUUGAAAGUUAAUCUUUCAAAAAUUGAGAAUAAAAAAAGUGUAUAUGAAGAUUUUCUUCAAUGUGGUGAAGUUUGGUUUAUAGCCGGUGCUUUCAUUUUUGAUAAUUUGAACUUGGAUCAAUUAAGAGCGAAACCGAAAAAUUUAUUUAAAAAGAAAGGAAGCAAAGCAAUUCUGAACGUGUCCAACAGAAACUAGCCUUUUCUGCAAGCCGUUUUGGUUUUAUAUCUUUCAUAGAGUGAAUAUCUGUUUAAUUUCUUGAAAUUAAUUCCAGAUAACAAGUGGGCUCGAAUCAAGUACCUACCACAAGAAAAUACAGAAAAAACGGUUAGAGUCUGAUGAAAGAUUUGAACGUUUUAUCUCCUCAAAGUAGAAAUACACCGCUUAAAAACUGGCUAAAAACUUCAGACCAGUGUUAACUUUUGAAUGAAACUUUAAUUGCGAGAUGAAAUGAAAACUGGGGCCAAAAAGAAGCGAAUCCAGAAUAAAAGGAGAGAACACAGGGUUGGCUGGACCCGCGGCCGCCAAAAGCACACUUGUCCUGUCAGAACCUGGGUCACGGUGCUGCGCCACGCCCACAGGGGAUACGCAGGGCCUAGCCGGCCGGCAACACCACAAAAAUAACACUGGAUGGACGUUUUCUAGGAGAUGCAUUUGGCUCCCCGUCGAGACCAUCUUUCGCAACUCGCGCCGCCCACCUCUCGUACGUACAUUGCCCCACAGGAGUCGUGCUCAAGUGCGAGCAAGCUAUCGCUCAUCGAAAAACUGAAAUCACUCCCGUCGGGUUGUUGUUUCUCGAUCAGAAAUUGCAUUCCUGAGAACUUUUUUUUCGAUUUCGUAAUGUUCCAUUUUUGGACACUCUACAAAUGACUCGAGCUGUGACUCAGAUCAGAACUCAGCCUGAGAUCGAGCUAUGAACAUCUUGGUAAAAAAGGUUGAGAAAAUUGAAAAAUGACUUUAAGAAGGAGAGAAAAAACAGAAAACUUACUCUUUUCAACCACUCGCACUUUCUAAAUAUUAUGAUGUGAAAUUAUCCUAUUCCAAAAUGAUCAGAGUUUUUUUUUCCGAGUGAGAGCAUGUUAUACCAAUGAGACUUUUUUGAUGAUAUUGUUGAAUAAAGUAGUACGGUACAAAUUGCUGGUUUUCAAAGUUGGCUUUUUGAUUCCUUAGAACAUGAAAAAACUAGUGAUUAGAAAGUUUUUGUUAUAACAACUCGUAAGCAACGAAAAGUGCGUCGAAUAAUAAUUUAAUACGAGCCAAUCGAACUUAAAGGAAUGAUUUCUAAUUCAGAACAUGAAAGCAUGUCUUCUGCAAAAAAAAACCAUACCGAUGAAAAAAAAACCCAUUCUAUUUCAAACUCGAAGUUUCCUUGACUUUUCACAUCCAGUUUCAAACUUAAUCGUACUUCUGCAAAAAAAACUGCUCUCAUUGAACAUAUGUUCGUGAAACCGCUCAAAAAAUCCAGCAUUGAACUUCAAUGAGUGAUGUCAAGGAUUUGUUCAAACAAAAGACCGAUGGUCGGACUUCGGAGAAGCCCAAGUGGUCAAGACGCGUGAUAAGCUCACAAGAGGGCUUGCAACCCUUCUCUCUACUCGAAUCCAACUACAAGCAAGGACCACCCAGCGCGCUGAUUCUCGUGUCCUGUUGAAUUUGCUCCUGGAGCACUUGUACGCUGUUUUUCGAGUCUCUCGAUAGGCUAUGAUCCACAAACAACAGAAACGUGGUGAAGAAGCUCGAAGACUUUUUCUUCCCACGUCAUGAAGCUCCUCUCAUAUCUGAAGGAUCUGAGAACGUACAGUUCAUCCGAAGCUGGCUUGGAAUAACCUUCACAUUGUUGUUACCUGAAAACUAUGGAAACAAAAUUUAUCAAUGUUCUCAAAAAAAUUUAACAGAUCAGAUUUGCUUGUUCGUUUAACCAGCGCUGUUGAAUCGUCAGAAAGUUUUGACUUUUUUUUCUGAUCAAUUUUGGAUUUGUCUUGCUUGAAGGGAUGUAUCCUGAAAUGCAAUGUUAAUAAUUUGAAAAAAAUGGUAUUUUGCACAAAAAAAGUUAAAAAAACUUUUACUCAGAUUUUUAUUCAAAGUGGAGAAAUGUUUUUUUAUAGGAAAUUUUUUUGAGCGAUAAGUACAGUUAAUUUAUUGCUGAAUCGAAAUGAAAGUUAACAACUAUCUAUACAAAAACCCACUGAACAGUGUUCAAGGUUGAAUGAAAUCAGAAUUUUCUUCUUUCAUUUCAUCGAUUUUGGAAAAAAAAAACGGCAAUUUUUCCUCAAAUAAAUUUAUGAAAAACAUUUCGAACAGAUUUUUAGGAACGGGUGAAAUUUUGAAUGCCCCAAGAUUCAAAUUUUUCGAUACUUCUUCCAUAAAUUUAAAAAAUCAACGAAGUUCAAAGAGAUUUGACAUCACUGAUGAUUUGAUAUCAACUCUGUCCUUCUGAUUCUUUGUAUUUUGUCCACCUCUUUAGGCGAACCAGGAAAUGAAAAAGAUUCGAAAAUUUUCCACGAAAAAACUCAGUUAAAAACAAAGAAUUCGAAAAAAUCGUCAAAAAUUGGACUGUAAGAGGUGAACCAGGAAAAAUUGAUACUUUUUUUCCCAAAAAAACGAAUUUUUUUAAAUUUUAUCAAUUUUUCUUUAUGUUUUUUUCUCAUAAAUAAAUAAAUACAAAUAUAUUCUGUUUGUAGAAUAUGAAUACUAUCUGUUUUACAACCGCAGAAGCACAUGGCAACCAUGCUGGAGGCCGAGAGGGGCAAUGAAAUUCGGCGUUUGAUAACGUCGACUGUCAUAAUUACACGCUUAUCGUUUGCCGACGGACCUGCGCCACCACGGUUUCCGUGCCACUUUGAAGCCGUUUCUGCCACUGCUUAAUGCGGCUUUCGUUAAAUUUUGAAAAGAUCUUUUCAGAACAAAAAUGGUGUUUUAUCCUAGAGGAAUUUUAAGAUUAUAACUGGUUUUUUAUUCUAUAUUAUUGUAAGGGACAGUUUUAAUUUUAUUUCAUUGUCAAGUCGUUUCCAUUUCCUGAAAUAACAAUUAGAAAUGAACGUUUUUUUUUUUGCCUGACUGGAACUUUGUCUGAUCUUAACCUAUACAAUUUCCUAACUUCCAGGCGAAAUGCCCCGAGCGAAGGUCGUCUGCGGAGGGCUCUCAAUUGCUUCGUUCAUCUUGGGAGCCGGCCUUCUCAUUGCCGGAUUGGUCGUUGUAUUGAAUGUUUUCCCAAACACAGUGCACAACUCAAUAAAUAAGGUAUCACUUGCUUUUCUAUUGACUUUGUGAUUACAUCGGAAUUUUUUCCCAAUCCAUUUCUCAAGAUUCACGAAUUACUUCUGAAUUCUGAUGAACUUCACUUUUUUUUUCGACAACCUCAGUUAGUUUUUCAGCUGGUAAUUCAAGAGUUUAAAAGAUAAUCUAUGUGAUAACGCAAAAAAAAGCGGAACUCGCCUCGUAUCAAUUUAAGUAGAUCAAAAUACGCUAAACUUUUGCACUUCAUACAGUCGACGGCAGUUUUCUUGUUCCUUUCCAAUUUCUGAUGAAAUUUCACGAAAAACUUCUUACUGAGCUGUGCAAAAGUUUCAAUCAUGAAAAGAAGACGGUGAUCAAGCAGUGAUCUUGAAGAUAAGAAAAUUAUAUGUGCCCCGUUUUGCGAUAUGCCUUUUUUUGCCCAUGGUAGUUAAGGACCUAAAAGUGAAAGUUUGAACCCUGCCAAAAUGUGAUGUUAAGAAUUUUUUCGAUAAGUGCACUAACUUUUUAGAAAAAUCAAAGAAAAACAAUUUUCAGCAAAAGUUACUCGGUUUAAACAACGACGGUACUUUGAAUGAUUUCACUUCACAAUGGGCCAACCCAAAAUACAUUUCCACAAUGCAAUACUGGAUUUACAACUAUACAAAUCCUAUCGGAAUAUUGAACAGAGCAAUUUAUCCAGACGUCGCUGAGAUAGGACCUUACAGCUACGAGUGAGUUUGAAUAGAAUCUCACACGAAUUUAUGCUUUUUCAGUGAAAUAAUAUCAAAUGAGAUUGUGAACUUCACGGAAAACGGAGAGAAGAUGAUUUUUAAACAAAUUCAAACGUGGGUUUUCAACCCCAACAAGUCCUGCGCAGGUAAAAACCUAAAUCAAUAACUUCACCGGAGUUCUUUUAAGGCUGCGACCCGAAGAAAGAUAAAAUUAUAAUUCCUGACAUCGGCUUUCAAGUAGGAAUCGAACUUGUUGAUCAACAGCUGGAAAACGUCCUUUACUCUGAAUUAGCAACCUACGCCUGCCAACAACUUUUCAAAGUCUUAGUUGAUUUUUGAAAGCGAAUCAAGCUGAACAUUCAGAACAAACCAGACCCGAAAGCAUACUGCCAAGGAGUAGCCAAAACAAUUGAAGGGGAGCUCGGAGUUCUCAUCAGUCUCUUCAAUACGUCACCGUUUGCCAUGAUGGCAAGUUUCUCCUUUUUAGUCUGAAUUGCCAGAAAAUUUCAGACUGUUGACGAACUAAUGUUUUCCGGAUACAAAACGCCGUUUAUGGACAAGUUUGUCAAUCAAUUCUUGAAGUUUCUUCAUGGACUUUUCGGGACGCCUUUCACUCCCCUUCCGAAUCCACCAAUUGCUUUGAACGUGAGUUCUCACGUUGAACCCGAAUCAGACGGCUCAAAACGCGUGAAUAUCUUGCGAAGAUCUGCAAACACGUCCUAUUGUUUGCUGCUUACGACGUAAAGAUGUCAUCUAGAAAAAAUCUGUAGGGCAAGGCUAAAAAUAGUCAUUGUGUACGCAGUGUUUCCAAAAAAUGGCGCGAAAAAGAAUGACCGGUGCGUUGGACUAUCGACACUCCAAUCGAGUGUCAGCAAGCACUUUCCGUGUUUUUCUUCGGAUUCACAAGAACCUCCCGCCUGGGCAGCUCUUCAUGGCUUCCUGUCUUUUGUUUCAAGAGGCUGAGGACCAGUUUAUCAAUUGAAAUGGAGAAAAAAAAAUGAAGAUCUUUGUGAUUUAAAUAAAUCUAGUCAUGAGCAUGGGUGCAUUCCCUAAAAAUUCAUACAAAGUUCUUUUUUAGUGUUUUUCCAAGUCACCUGGCUUUUUCUAAAAAAACUCUUUCUUCAUGGGCUAGUUUUGAAAAAGCUUCACAAGGUAGAAGUAUAGGUGCGUGAAAAGAUGCAUUAGCCAUGAUUUUCGGUCGAUGAUGAUGAAUGGAGUGUGAACUAUGGAAGUCAAAUUAUCUUUUUUCCGUAAUCCGAUUGUGUUCUCAUAAUUGUCUAUGAACAAAUCAUCGUUCGAAUCAGGGAGUUCAAGGAAUUAUCUGCCUCUGAUGCUUUCGCUUUCAUAUGAAUUCUUCUUAUCGAAAGGAAGAGCUUAGUUUUUUGUUUUCAGGCUUUAAAUGGAACUACUGAUUUGCUAUAUACAGUCUGGUCCGGAAAACUGGAUCCUCUUAAAACCGGCUACAUCAUCGAUUUCAGCAGUAUUAGUGGAAACAGUUCGAGUAGCAACAGUUCAAUGCUGCCACCGGAAUGGUUCCACAAAACUUUUCUUCGAAAAUCAAAAACCUUUAAUCUAGGUGGCCUUCUGCAAACAUUUCAUAUUGCAAAGAUCCGCUAGCAGCGUUGAGGAUUGAUGGAACAAGUAAUUUUUUUCGAGGAAUAUCAAUUUUAAAAACAAUUUUUUUACAGACGCUGAUUAUUUCAAAAAAAUUUUUUUAAAACGAACGGAACCUCUGCCAGUUUACAUUUCGGAUAUUUGCAGGUUUUUGUUAGAAACUUUUAUGAAAUUUUUAAUUCAAAGUUUUCAUCCAAAUCCGCUUCCAGAACUGCUAACCUCGAGUAUGAUAGAGAUGUCACCGUACAAGGAAUAAACGGCUUUAGAUUCAUCCUACCAGCUUCGCAAUUCAAUUAUAGUUUAGAAGAAAAUUGCGGGUAAAAAAUAUCAAUUUUGAAAUCAAACAGGUUUUUUUUUCUAGAUUUUGCGUCCCUUUACCUUACGGAUCCUAUGAAUACCCACCCGAUAGUGCUUGCCUUCCAACUGGUCUUCUGGAUAUCAGUGGAUGUUCACAAGGUUUACAAAACCUGGUUAAGUUUAUUGAAACUACCAUGAUCGCUUUUUAAAUCUUUCAUCCGAAAAAAAUUUUUCAAAAAUUUUCAAAACUUUGCAUUAGUCGCUUUAGAAAUUUUUUUAAAAAGAUGAAGUAGGAUGUGAGCAGUCAUUUUUUUGUCGAAGUAGUCUAUUUUGCAUCGUUUUUAAUCGUGAACAACCGCUGAAUAAAAACGUUCAGAAACGGAUUUGCUUUUUAAACUUCAUUUUUUUCGGAGUAUUAUAAAAAAACUUUCUCUUUGAAAGUGCUUCACAGAUCAUGUUUUUGAAUUACGGAAACCGUGCCAUCUUAAUUCAUUUUUCUCCAAAAAGAUUUCAGUUCAUCAAAAAAAGAAAAAAACUUUUUGAGUCUCAAUGAGCCAAAUCAUCUAGCUCUAAGAGGAAAAAGGCAACUUUUUAAACAGUCAUAUUUCUAUUUUUGAGUACCAAUAAUUAUUUUUUUCUCAAAACUUGAAAAAGCCUAACUGGCUGAGGCUAUAAAAAAAUAUUUCUUCAGUACAUUGAAAAUUCAUGAAUGACAUAGUUUGCUUUUUUCAGGUGCUCCCAUUAUCAUUUCGAAGCCUCAUUUCUAUCAAGCCGAACGCGUUGUUUCCCGUUUCGUUCCCAGACUAAAACAGACUUAUGAGAAUGACGAAACGACCAUUGAUAUCGAGCCUGUGAGUAUAAACUGAGCAAAGAAAAAAUCCAAUCCAAAAUUCUUCAGAACACGGGUACUGUCUUGCAAGCCAAUAAACGUUUGCAAAUCAACUUGUUAGUCAACCAAUUCAGAAAUAUUAAGUAAGUUUUUCCGACUGUUCAUGUUCCUGAUUCGUUAUCAAUCGCAGGUCUUUAUCGGUUAUGCGUCCUGGUGCUUAUCCGUUAGUAUGGUUGAACGAGUCUUACUAUAUGGACGAAGGUACAAAGAACCAAUUGAACUCGCAACUUUUCACACCAACAAAAAUCGUCAACAUUAUUUGUUGGUGCGCCGUUGGCCUUGGAGGUUAUUUUUACUUACAACGUUUCAUUUUAUACGGCUCAAAAGAAGUCUCAGUUUAGCAUGUAAACGUGCUCUUCGAAAAAUUUUCAACUUUCACGAACUCUCAAAUAGCUUUCUCAUCAUUUAUUCCGGAAAUCAAACUAGAAAGCAACAUGCGGCUCAAUAAACAUUUACGAUCGCAACUCUUACGUUUUUUAUCAGCAUUCCAAUGUGAGCUGAUAUGUUCUUUGAGACAGCAGUUCAGAAAUAAUCUUUCGGUUUUAAACUUCGGAAACUUUUCUUAUCGAAAAGACAGGGUAGAAAGUACAAAAAGAUACAAAAUAAAAACAAAGAUCUCCUGCUCAAUGGAAGGUUUUUGAAAAAGGAAACAAAUCCAACAUUUGAACUUUCAGGAGCUCUGCUUCUUCUUUCUGUCGCCUUGUCCGUCACAACCUUCUGCUGCUUCAGGGAAGAGCAUAAAAAGUUCUCAUGAAGUCGGGAAUCUUCAUUUUUUUGUACGUGUUCUUGCAUGCACAUUUGUUUGUUUCAUAUUGUUGUUUUUUUUAAUAUUUUUUUCUCCACUUUUUUUAAUAUCAAUAAAAAUGUUUUAUUUGAUUGCUUGAUAAAAAAUUUUUCUAACAUUUCACUUCAUUUUUUUCCAAAAAUAUUUUUUUCUGAAAUUUUAUUUUGAAUUCUAAAAAGACGUCUGAAAAUUGGAAAAGUUUCUUCUGUGCUGGAGCAAAGAUUAAUUACCCUCGUUUGGUUUUUGAACUGACGCUGCAUUUUUUUGCGGCUGGUUCUUAUUCUUUCCGAUACCGCGGGACGCAAGUUUUUUUGUUUUCAGAGGCGCUGGAGCAGAAGGAAAUUUGAACCAACACAAAAAAAUCAACUAGAACAACAAAAGUUUUAAGUUCAAAAUGGACUCGUACAAUAAGAAUUAAUGAAGAAAGGUUAAAAAAUAGAUAAUUUUUUUUGAAAUUUUUUUCAUUGAUCCACUUGAUCCAUUGAUUUUUUCAUUGACCAUAUAUGAAAAUUUUUCAACAUAAAUUCAUACGAAAAUGAAUUAGGACCCAUUCAGAAAUGAAAUGCGCGGUUGACUUUUGCAUUAUGAUUGGUUAAGUCCUAAAAAUCGAAAUUUUCCCUCUGUGUAAAUAAUUCUGGAAUUAGUAGUCCCCUAUUCAAAGAAGCAUUUCCGCGUUUCUCAAUGAGAAAAGGUGCCCAAAACAAGUGCAUCCGCCAAAAACACAGCGAUUGGUCAAUGAACAAAGCAGAAAAAAACAAUGAAGAAGCGCGCCUGAGGCGACCGCGUGUUUGAGGUCUGGACCGGCUGACCGUGUAACCCGAAGCUCGCCAAUUGCGACUCCUUGUUCCAAGGCGCCGUUGACUUGGAUUAGGCCGCAAAAACAUGCACCUUGUUCGCAAUGAGUGACAAAACGGGACUCUGAGCGUUCUGAAAAGCUUAAAAGCGACGGACGACAGUCCUCCGAUUCUUCAGGUGUCAUUCCCGGAUGCCACAAACGUUACAGUUGGGUUUCCUGCAAGCUCUUUUGGCAGUAUGCCUAGUUUCGAUUACUGAUUCUAGAGUUAUACAAGUAGGUUACUUUUUUUUUUAACUCGUGAUCUUAUUAACCAGUCGAAUAGGUUUUGAAGUCAAAAUUCAACGAUAAAUUGAAAAACUUUGCAAUUCCUACUUUUUUCAGCAUUCAGUCCUGCAUUGUCAAUUUUGUUUUUCCAAGUUUUAGUCAUCAAUUUUUUUCAUCAUAUCAAGCAAAAAUUUUCAGUGUUCAAGGUGGAAAAAGCAAAAAAAGUUUUUUUGUCACAAUUUUUUUUUCUUCUUUUUUUAGUCAUCAAGUUUCGAUUAUUUACUGUCUAUUUUGAAAAAAAUAUUCAUUGCACGGUUGUCCGAUUGAAAAAAAUGAUCCUUAACAUUUUGACACAAAUGAUUUACAGAGGUGCACUUUUUUUCUAUAGUUCUCAAUUUUUUUGCUUCAUAGUUGAACGUGAAUUUUUUUCUUUUUUUAUAAAUUUGUUCAAAAGAUUUAUUCCCCAUUCUACAGCUUCAGCAAGCAUCGGUGAAAUUAUAUUUCCGAAUUUUAGUUCUACAUCGAGCCAGCACAGAAAACGUUUCCAACCUAUGUACAACAAUUGGUCGAGGGAGACUUACAACGAAUCGAGCAAGUUUGAAAAAAACCUACUAAACACCUUAUGGUUAUGUCUUUGCCAGGGGAUGAAACUGACCGCAUCGGUUAGUUUGAUUUUCGACGCCGGGUAUUACAUUAUCGUGGAUUCCCCUUCGGCAACGGACAUUCAGUCUAAGGAAUUAAUGUUGAAAGGUCUCAUUUAAAGCUUCUUUUUGUUUAAAAUAGUGUUUUCAGGGGUUUCCUCGAGGAACAUAGCGCCUGGAGAAGUUCAAGUUGUCGUCACGACACACGGCCACCCAGAUCAUUUCGGCCAAGGCAAUUUUUUCCCCAAUGCGCGCCAUUUCUUCGGGAGCUACGAAUAUUCUGACAAGAAUUUCAUCACUACAGAAUUGCAUACUGUAUAACAAUUAUCGAGCCUUUUUUUCACAAUUUUCUUCAGAGUGACGUCAUGCAGCUGACAAAAAAUGUGCAAUUGUGGAACACUCCUGGCCAUACAGCCCAAGAUGUAUCCGUCAUAGUUCACGGAGUUCCUUGCUGUGGGGUCGUCGCCGUUUCUGGUUGGUUUCAAUCAAAUAUUAAAAAAGCUUCCUACAUUUCUAUACCAUAUUUCUUCUUACAAUGUCAAGUACUUUUGGUUUCAAGUUAUGUAUUUUUUUUCAAAUUUCGCAUCUGGAAAAAUUUCCUUUUCGUCAUCUGAAGUGAUUUCACGAAUGUAUUUUGUUUUUUGUAGGCUUUCAGUGUUUCCACUUAUUGAAAAAAAUCUUCAAAUUUCUUUUUAUUGAAAGAAAAAAAGAACUGAGGAAAUUUUAAUUGUAGGGAAGCAACUAAAAAAAUAAGCUUUCUGAUAUUAAAAAUUUUAUCAUUAAAAAUCUUUGGUUUUUUUCUUUCUCUGUUAAACAAAACUACCAAAAAAAGAAAUUCGCAUUUCUUCUCAGCAGAAAAAAUUCCCUUUUUCGACAUUUUCAUCCCGAUUGAAUCUAAAUUUUCUAGGAGAUUUGUUCUACAAUGAGGAAGAUGCUAUGCAAAGUGCUGGAAUUUGGUUCCAAGAAGCUUGGAACCCCAUUAUUGGUAUGUGCCAGAUAUAUGAUCUGAGAAAGCAGAUUUGUCUCUGAAGGAAAGAUGAGCCGAAACAAAGUGAUGUGCUACGCCGACUACAUCAUCCCCGGUCACGGGAAUCUUUUUCAAGUCAGUCCUCGAUUAAAUAAAAAAAUGGUGCUCGGAAAAAAAUCGGAAUAAAUUUAAUUUUUUUCCUAAAACCUGUAAUUUCGAGGAGCGAAAAAGUGGUAUUUUUUUCUAGUACAUGUUUUAUUGAGAUAAUGACAACCUUCUAGACUUCGAAAUAUAUUUAAAAACCCUGAAAAAGAAAGCGAACCAAAAUGAAAGAGAACGAUGAAGAUUUUGGCAGCCCUAGUUUGCAAAAAUUACAGUUGUUGAAAAAAAGCCGAAAUAUGGAACUGUCUUCAAGGUUUCGUUUUUUUUUAAAUGUGUUUGAAAUUAAUUUUUUGAUUAAAGUAAUUUUUUCAAAACUAAAAAAAGGAGCAGGGUGGUACCCGCGUUAAUUUUGUGAAAAAAGAUGAAAAGUGUUCUGAGACAAUAUCGGAAAACGUCAGGAAAAGGAAGGAAAUGACCUUUCUUGUCAGCAAAAGUUGUUCAAUAUCUUCUACCAUUCGAAAAGUUUUCAGAAUCACAGCUGCCAUGAAAGAAGCGGCCGACUGCAAUGUCACCUACCAUAACCCGAAAACAGCUAACACAACGGAAUACGUUGCUAAAGACUUGCUCGCCAACGUCACUCUGCCCAAAACGGAAACUAAUUUACCUGUCCAGACAACAGCUACAACAGCGGUGACAACUUCGCAGCCAACAACGUCAAUUACAAUUGCCUCGCUCUCUCCGGAAAUCUUUGGGAUACCUGCGAACAGUUCUGUAGUGGCUUCCAAUCUUCAGACUCUUGAACUGGUAGGCUUUUGAGUUCAAAUGUAUGAAUCCCUAGAUAGAGAGACAAAAACGAAAUUUAUAUCAGUAACUCAACCUGAGACAAGUUUGGCCGCUGUCGAGUGGACAAUUUGAAAAAACAGUUUUUUUAUUCCGAAAAAAUCAUGAGUAUUAAUAACAGCUUUUUGAUCAAUUUUAAAUUACUCUGUUCCCAUUAGAGUUGGAAACAUUGCUGUUAUAGUGCAGCUCAUGUAAACUUAACUAUGGCAAGCAAUGAACUUGAACAUUUUUCCAGCAAACAACGAUCAAGCCGAAUAUCACCACGUCUUUUUUCACUGUUGAUCUGGCGGCUGGUUUCAUUGGCCUAUAAACUUCUGAAAGAUCAUGUUUUUUUGUCAGAAACACCGUCGCCAAAUGAAAUUCAUAUGAACGAUGGUAACGAAAUUCAAGAGAAUUUGCCGCCACUAGGAAACAAAGUGAAAAAUCCGAUCUUCAGUUCUCGGACAAAAGAACAAGGUUAGCGGAAUAAACUUUACUCGGUUGUUUUUGCUAAAACUGUUGAAUCAGUUGAAUCCGUGGCUCCGGCAGUCGAAUCGGCAGCGAUGCAGCUGGCGCGUAUGUUGAACGUUGGAUUGGGAGUCGCGCGGGAAGACGAACCUUUCCCUUACACGAAGUUUUGGCAGGACACAUUGAAACGGAUUGUUGUGAGUUCUCCUCUUUUUUAUGAAAAUUUAUAAGACUUUCUGAACGAGGGAGGUUUUUCAUUUUUAAUUUUUUUUAAUCAAACCGGAGACUCCAAUCACAGUGCGACUUAUUUAUGAUCAUGUGGAAAAAAAUUUGGAUUUUUUUGCAAAUUUUAAUCCAAAGAUUUCAAAUAGAAAGUUUUUUCAUUCGAUUUUUCGGUGUGAGCUCUAUUUGCAUUGUUUCAAAUACAAAUUUAGAUUCCAGAUAUGAUUACCAAAACUGCUAGCAACCAUUGAGCAUCUCAGUGAGUUGAUUUAAACUGGCUCGAGAAACUAUUUUUUUGAAAUCGAUUGUAAAUUUGCGCUCUGUCGAACUUCUUGAAAACUUUAAUGAUGGAAUGAGAUACAAAUUCUAAAAAAAGUUUAACAAAGAGAAAAACGCUUGAUUCAAAUAGUUGUGUGCUGUGAGUUGGCACGAAUUCUCGAUAAUAUGUACUUCAUCGACCUUUUCCUCGGGGAAAAAGUAAAGUGCAUGUGAAACAUUUUUUUAUUCUUUUCUUUGUGAUCGUGCAAAAAAUCCCGCAAGAAUUCUUUCGCCAGGUUUAUUUUUACUGUAUAAAAUGCCACUGCAGUGAACGACAGAAAAAAAGAUUUAUUCAAGAAAAUUGUAUUUCAAACCUUUUUUAACACAUCAAGAACAUUUUUUAAGGAAGACGGUGGACCAAAAUUGACUGCCGACCAAUUUGAGCGACAAAAUCGCCUCCGAUCUUAUCAUCACUACUUGAGCCCUACGACUCGAACGAACACCACCGCCUGA